AUGCAUACACAGUAUGGUCGAGGCUCCGGAGUCGUCCUAGAUCGACGCGAAUCAUCCUUCCCCGUGAAGUUCGGAGUGUACGGAGUGUCUCCCUCCAUUGCCGCCUCGGCCAACUGCCGUGCAACCCACUCAGCCGUUCAUCUUUCCAAUCGAGCCUUGCCGCAGACCCAUCUGACGGCCACUUAUUCACUGCCUAAGCUGGCUAAGCUGGCUAAGCUGGCUAAGCUGGCCAAGCCGGACCAGGACCGUGAAGGACUGUAA